GCUUAUUGGCUUUAGAUUGGUUCAUCCAUCCAUCGAAAUUUUACAAUAGUGUAGCACGAAUAUUGAAGUCGAUGAGGGAAGAGUGUAGUUGAAUAAAAGAUCCAUGUGAUCGUGAUUUGCACCGGAAAGGCAAAAGGAACCGUGUCCGUGAAACGUGAUUUUGAAAUUUCGAUCCAAACCAAAGAAACCCGCAUUCACACCAUCACCACCAUCCAAAUCCAUCAUAAUCACAAUUAUUUUCCACAAUCCAAACACUCCUUUGCCCCAUUCCUGGGACUGGGAGGAAUAACAGUGAAGAACACAAUCUCGUUGGCGCAGAGAUCCAAUCGAAAAUCGCUUAAUUGAUUGAGUUUCCAGCUGAGACGCCAAACGCUACUUGCUGGCUGGGUGCUUUACCCUCUAAACUGCACCCUUCCAGAGGAACCCUAGAUGUUGCAGCUAAGAUCAAAGUCGGCCGUUCGGCAUUGGUGAUGUAGAGUCACGGAGCCAACAUGCCAUUCGUAACCAAGAUCAAAUGGGUUGUUCUUUCUGUAAUUACUUUAUCUGUGGCGUCCAUCAUCAUUCAUCUGUCUUUGGCAAAGUUGUGGACAGUUAACAUAGUGCCGUAUAGAGCAAUUGCAAGUUUUCCUGGUGAUUUUUCUCCUGGGUUGGGAAGGCAGGUUGUAAAGAAUAAGAAGCUAUGGGGUUCCAUAAAGUCUUUAGAAGCACUGCAACCUAGUUCCAAUGCUAGAAGCAAUUAUACUGAUCCAAAGGAGCGGAGCAAUGGUUUCAUCUAUGCAAAAGUUUUCGGUGGAUUUGAGAAGAUAAGAUCAUCGAUCUGUGAUCUGGUCGCUAUAUCUAGGCUUUUAAAUGCGACUCUCAUCAUUCCAGAAAUUCAAGAGAGUAUUCGCUCAAAAGGAAUAAGCUCAAGGUUCAAGAGUUUCUCCUAUCUUUAUGACGAGGAUCAGUUCAUAACAUAUCUAAAACACGAUGUAAUUAUUGCAAAGACCCUGCCUGAAAGUUUGAUGGAAAGGAGAAAAAGAAAUGAGUUUCCUACAUUUAGGCCCACAAGUUCAGCUUCUCCAAACUUUUACAUUCAAGAACUUUUACCAAAGCUAAAGAAAUCCAAGGUUAUUGGGUUAAUUAUCUCCAAUGGUGGAGCACUGCAGUCCGUACUCCCACCUACCAUGGCAGAGAUUCAGAGGCUAAGAUGCAGGGUUUCUUUCCAGGCUCUUCAAUUUCGUUCUGAAAUUCAAAUGCUUGGCCAUCGUAUGGUUAACAAGUUGAGAUCAUUGGGGCAGCCCUUCUUAGCAUAUCAUCCCGGCCUACUGAGAGAAAGCUUGGCAUACAAUGGUUGUGCAGAGCUUUUUCAGGAUGUACACACUGAACUCAUACAACACCGAAGGGCUCAAAUGAUAAAGGAUAAAAUUCUCAACGAGGAUUUGAAUGUGGAUUCACACUUGCAAAGAGAUAAAGGUCUAUGUCCCCUCAUGCCUGAAGAGGUUGGCAUUCUCCUGCGAGUAAUGGGUUAUCCUUCCAAGACAAUCAUUUAUCUUGCUGGCUCUGAAAUAUUUGGAGGUCAACGAGUUUUAAUUCCUUUGCGGUCCAUGUUUAUGAAUACACUCGAUCGCACUUCAUUGUGCAGUGAGAAAGAAAUGUCUGACUUGGUUGGACCUGAAACACCUCUUCCUCAAAAUAUUUUUAGGUCACCUCCUGAAAAAAGCGAGGAAGAACUCAAAAAAGAAUGGAAGAGGGCUGGUCCUCGGCCUCGACCUCUUCCUCCACCUCCAAAUAGACCAAUUUACCAGCAUGAAAAGGAAGGCUGGUAUGGUUGGAUCAAUGAGACCCCUUUAGAACCCGAUCCUUCACCUAUGGACCUGAGGAUGAAAGCGCAUAGGUUACUUUGGGAUGCACUAGAUUACAUUGUUUCUUUGGAAGCAGAUGCUUUCUUUCCUGGAUUUAACAAUGAUGGAAGUGGAUGGCCAGAUUUUUCAAGCCUUGUCAUGGGACAUCGCCUGUACGAGACUGCUUCUUCUAGAACAUACCGACCGGACAGGAAAGUUGUUGCGGAACUUUUCAAUAUGAUCCGUGAGAAUUUGUACCAUCCAAAACAUAAUUGGACAAUUUUAGUGCAAGAACACCUUAACAAAAGUAUGUCCGAAGAAGGCCUCAUAAGGCAAUCUCUCUUGUCAAAACCUGCAAUGUUCCUUUCACAUCCACUUCCAGAAUGCUCUUGCAGAGUAGCUUCUGCCAACGUUGCUAAUCAUGUCAGAGGUGAGGAUGGUCAACUUAUAUAUGGAGGAGAAGACAUUUGCCCCAAAUGGAUGCAGCAUGCUAAAAAGCCAAGUUCAGGGAAAGAUGGGGUCAAAUCUGAAGAUGAUGGGGUGCCAGAUUAUGAAAGUAAUGAUUUUGUUGAUGAAUCUGAGUCUGACAAAAAUGGUGGCAAAACCGAUCUGUCUCAAAUCUGGGAUCAAGAUGAAGAAAUGGAUCCAAAUGAUUAAAAUUGGACGUGCAUAUCAAUCAUAUUAUAACUACAGUAUAGUUAUACAACAUCCAAUUUUUCCAAAAUUUGAGAGGUAUAGGUUAUAAAGUGCUACGGCAACGUACAUGUCUCAAUGCUAUCUGCCGAGCAUAUGGGUAAUUCAAAUAUAUUCUUUCAUUAAUUUUUGGGUUAUUUCCAUAGACAAAUAUUACUUUUUUUUCUUUUCUUUUUUACUUACCACUUUGAACCGAAUUUUUGUUGUAACAUACACAUCACCAAAGGAAGGAAAAAAUAUCAGCUGUGUUUAGAAGCA